AUGGACGAGAGCGGAGUCCAGUACCAGAAGUACAUGCAAGGGGAGCCAGAUGCCGAAAAGUUUCAAUCCAAGGUCCUUCCACAGGGAAGCUAUCGGCAAAACAUUCCCUUGGCAAAUGGCGCAGACAAGGAUCAGAACCCUCAGAUCAUGGCGGCAGCUGCUCCCGAGAACAAGAAAGACGAGGCUGCUCCACAUACAGCCAAGAAAUCCGAGUCUGAUGCGAGUACUGAGUCUGGGAUCAUGAAGUACCUGCACGCUCCUUCUCCGGGACCGGUUGUGGAUAGGAAGUAUCGUCCUUACAUCCCAGAAUCGUACCGGGACUACAUUCCGACGAUGGACGAGAGCGGAGUUCAGUACCAGAAGUACAUGCAAGGGGAGCCAGAUGCAGACAAGUUUCAAUCCAAGGUCCUUCCACAGGGAAGCUAUCGGCAAAACAUUCCCUUGGCAAAUGGCGCAGAGAAGGAUCAGAGCCCUCAGAUCAUGGCGGCAGCUGCUCCCGAGAACAAGAAAGACAAGGCUGCUCCACAUACAGCCAAGAAAUCCGAGUCUGAUGCGAGUACUGAGUCUGGGAUCAUGAAAUACCUGCACGCUCCUUCUCCGGGACCGGUUGUGGAUAGGAAGUAUCGUCCUUACAUCCCAGAAUCGUACAGAGACUACAUUCCGACGAUGGACGAGAGCGGAGUUCAGUACCAGAAAUACAUGCAAGGGGAGCCAGAUGCAGAAAAGUUUCAAGACAAGGUCCUUCCACAGGGAAGCUAUCGGCAAAACAUUCCCUUGGCAAAUGGCGCAGAGAAGGAUCAGAGCCCUCAGAUCAUGGCGGCAGCUGCUCCCGAGAACAAGAAAGACAAGGCUGCUCCACAUACAGCCAAGAAAUCCGAGUCUGAUGCGAGUACUGAGUCUGGGAUCAUGAAAUACCUGCACGCUCCUUCUCCGGGACCGGUUGUGGAUAGGAAGUAUCGUCCUUACAUCCCAGAAUCGUACAGAGACUACAUUCCGACGAUGGACGAGAGCGGAGUUCAGUACCAGAAAUACAUGCAAGGGGAGCCAGAUGCAGAAAAGUUUCAAUCCAAGGUCCUUCCACAGGGAAGCUAUCGGCAAAACAUUCCCUUGGCAAAUGGCGCACAGAAGGAUCAUAACCCUCAGAUCAUGGCGGCAGCUGCUCCCGAGAACAAGAAAGACAAGGUCCUUCCACAGGGAAGCUAUCGGCAGGACAUUCCUUUGGCAAAUGGCGCAGAGAAGGAUCAGAGCCCUCAGAUCAUGGCGGCAGCUGCUCCCGAGAACAAGAAAGACAAGGCUGCUCCACAUACAGCCAAGAAAUCCGAGUCUGAUGCGAGUACUGAGUCUGGGAUCAUGAAAUACCUGCACGCUCCUUCUCCGGGACCGGUUGUGGAUAGGAAGUAUCGUCCUUACAUCCCAGAAUCGUACAGAGACUACAUUCCGACGAUGGACGAGAGCGGAGUUCAGUACCAGAAAUACAUGCAAGGGGAGCCAGAUGCAGAAAAGUUUCAAGACAAGGUCCUUCCACAGGGAAGCUAUCGGCAAAACAUUCCCUUGGCAAAUGGCGCAGAGAAGGAUCAGAACCCUCAGAUCAUGGCGGCAGCUGCUCCCGAGAACAAGAAAGACAAGGCUGCUCCACAUACAGCCAAGAAGUCCGAGUCUGAUGCGAGUACUGAGUCUGGGAUCAUGAAGUACCUGCACGCUCCUUCUCCGGGACCGGUAGUGGAUAGGAAGUAUCGUCCUUACAUCCCAGAAUCGUACAGAGACUACAUUCCGACGAUGGACGAGAGCGGAGUUCAGUACCAGAAAUACAUGCAAGGGGAACCAGAUGCAGAAAAGUUUCAAUCCAAGGUCCUUCCACAGGGAAGCUAUCGGCAAAACAUUCCCUUGGCAAAUGGCGCAGAGAAGGAUCAUAACCCUCAGAUCAUGGCGGCAGCUGCUCCCGAGAACAAGAAAGACAAGGCUGCUCCACAUACAGCCAAGAAGUCCGAGUCUGAUGCGAGUACUGAGUCUGGGAUCAUGAAAUACCUGCAUGCUCCUUCUCCGGGACCGGUAGUGGAUAGGAAGUAUCGUCCUUUCAUCCCAGAAUCGUACAGAGACUACAUUCCGACGAUGGACGAGAGCGGAGUUCAGUACCAGAAAUACAUGCAAGGGGAACCAGAUGCCGAAAAGUUUCAAGACAAGGUCCUUCCACAGGGAAGCUAUCGGCAGGACAUUCCUUUGGCAAAUGGCGCAGAGAAGGAUCAGAACCCUCAGAUUAUGGCGGCAGCUGCUGAUGAAGCUUUUCAUGAGCCAGCGCCGGUUCUCCAAGCCGCCGGCACUCCGGCAUCUGAGGCUGGCAGGGGCGAAAACCAGAGACUGUGA